AUGACGAGCAACCGGCCGAAGCUGGACGAGGCACAGAUCGCCGACCUCCGGGGAAUCUUCCGGUCCUUCGAUCGGAACAAGGACGGCAGCCUGACGCAGAUCGAGCUGGCAUCUUUGAUCCGGUCACUUGGUCUGAAUCCGAGCUCAGACGAGCUCAAGGCGCUGAUCCAGAGGGCCGACACGAACAACAACGGCCUCGUGGAGUUCACGGAGUUCCUGGCGAUGGUGGCGCCGGGGAUCCAGACGGAGGAGGAGGAGUCGGCGUACAGCGAGGAGCAGCUGAAGCAGCUGUUCAGGAUGUUCGAUCGGGACGGGAACGGGUACAUCACGGCCGCGGAGCUGGCGCACUCGAUGGCGAAGCUGGGCCACAAGCUGACGGCGGAGGAGCUCACCGGGAUGAUCCGGGAGGCGGAUACCGACGGCGACGGCCGGAUCAGCUUCCCGGAAUUUUCCCGCGCCAUUUCCUCCGCCGCGUUCCAGAACGCUUGGGCUUAG